AUGUUCCUCUUCAAUGAAACUGUGAGCCCAGCUGAAGAUUUUUUAGCUAGGCUAAACAAACUAAUGACUGAUGAAGGAAAAUCAGUAAAUGAUGUUCUAGCCAUGCUGACUACAGAGACUCCACAAGGAAGCUCCCCAGAGUCCAUCAUCCGACCAGUGGGAGACCUGUUGGGAAAAACGAUGAGACCUACCAGUGAGAACAAUGCAUUUCGACGUCUGCGGAUGUUCUCUGGAAACCUUCCCACACCGCCAGGAGAGGAGAGCCUUGACCAUUGGCUCGAACAAGCCUAUCUAAUGAUUGAAGAAUGUGACUGCUCUGAACGUGAGAAACGAAAGAGAAUAGUCGAGAGCUUAAAGGGGCCGGCCCUGGAAAUAAUUCAGGCUGUACGACUAAACGACCCAGAUGCUAGCCCUGACUGCUAUGUAAAGGCCUUGGAAAGUGCCUUUGGCACGCCUGUGUCAGGAGAAGACUUAUAUUUUGCCUUCAGGAGCCUUCACCAACAGUCUGGUGAAAAGCUCUCUGACUUUUUAAGGAGGCUGGAACGCUCGUUGAUCAAAGUAGUGCAAAAAGGAGGCCUUCUCAGCCACAGAGCCGAUCAUGCUCGAAUUCACCAACUCAUUAGAGGUGCUACUGACUCUGAUAUGAUGCUGUUACAGCUGAGAUUGAGAGAAAGAAAAGAGAAACCUCCUACCUUCUUAAAGCUCCUAAAUGAGAUUCGUGAAGAGGAGGAAUAUGAGACAGCUCGACGAAAAUUAACUACAACAGUAAGACAAGUACAAGUCAGAGACCAAGCCAAUACCAAAGCUACAGAAGACCAAAAGUCAAAGGCAACGACGAGGUUCACUCUCUGA